UAUUUCGUGACGGAAGGGAUUUCGAUGAAAAGAUAGCCGAGGUGAAAUCUCAGGGAGGGAAGUCAUCGAUGAAGGAAUCAAUCAAACAAGCAAAAAUGAUGGCAAAUUCAACCUUUUCCAUAGCCCAUAAUCAAUUACAUGAAUUUAUCCAUCUGGGUGUUUAUUUAUAAACAUACACUCCGUAUAUAUAUAUUUUUACACGCUUAUAUACGUGUAUAUAAAUAUAUAAACAAACAUGGAGUAUCUAUUUGAAUGUCCUGUCGUUGGCUUUCUGCUGUUGGAAUUUGUUUGGGUUUGAGUCCUUUUUAUUCUCAGCUUUUGUCAUCUUCUAGGAGCCCCACGCCUCUCUCUCUCUGCACAGUGCACACAAAUCAAACCUUUUCUGGGUUCCAUCAAGUGGUGAACUUUAAACCUGUUUCUGGGUUAAAUCGCCUUUUUAUGGUGGGUUCCAACAAGUUGUGAGUUUUUAUGAGUUUUUGGAUAUAGAUAUGCCGUGCACUUGGGAAGAAUGGUUGAAGAUCCCCUACGUUGUUUUUGCAUUUUGUUCUGCCCUGUUCUUGGGUGCCCUCAAAAGUUUAUUGGUGGGUCCAAUUGCGGGUCUAACACUGAUAAUAGGGAAUGUUGUGGUGAUCUUGGGUCUCUUUCCUUCACAUGUUGCCUGGACAAUUUACACCCUGGUCAAGACUAAUAGAUUUGACGCUCCACUUAAAGUAGCUUUCCUUUUUGCUUUGCCUGUUUUAUUUGCUAUUUGGCUCGGUCUAAGCAUAGCCGGUAGUGCUCUUUUGGGAGUGGGAUAUGGGUUUUUCAGUCCCUGGGUUUCUGCUUUUGAGGCCUUCAGACAGGAAGAUGAUUUCAAGAAAUUCUUCCACUGCCUUGUGGAUGGAACUUGGGGAACUAUCAAAGGAAGCUGUACUGUGGUUCGAGAUUUUGCAGAUAUUUGCUAUCAUUCGUACCCACUCUACUUGAAGGAAUUGCGUGAAUCCCCGUCUACUAAUGAACUUCAACCUCUUAGGUUUAUUCAUGUGCCUGGAUGUAUUUUCGUUGGUGUGAUGGGACUAGUUGUGGAGAUUCCUCUUUACACGGCUAUUGCCAUAGUAAAGAGUCCAUACAUGUUGUUCAAAGGGUGGCACCGACUUAUACACGACCUAAUAAGCCGUGAAGGCCCAUUUCUAGAAACAGCUUGCAUCCCAGUUGCUGGUUUGACAAUCCUUAUGUGGCCACUUUUUGUCAUUGGGAGCAUCAUUAUGGCAAUUUUCUCAAGCUUCUUCAUAGGAUUGUACGGUUCAGUUAUUGUAUACCAGGAGAGGUCAAUCAAAAGAGGAGUUGCCUAUGUGAUUGCGAUGGUUGCGGAAUUUGAUGAGUACACCAACGACUGGCUUUAUCUUCGAGAGGGGUCUAUCCUUCCAAAGCCCAUUUACCGAAAGAAGAAAAUCUCUCACUCAUUGGAGUUCUCUGAUGGAGGAAAUGAUUCGGGUGAAGUGAAAGUCAGUUCUGUUUUCACAGAAACACCUGCAAUGCUUGUGCCCAGCAUAUCACCUUCGGUAUCAGUCAGAGAGGCCAUACAAGAAGUCAAAAUGGUGCAGAUAUGGGGAAACAUGAUGAGGGCUUGUGAAAUGCGCGGCAAGGAAUUAUUGGAUGCCAAUGUAAUAACGCCAGAUGACCUCUAUGAUUGGCUGAAAGCUAAAACCAGUACUGAAGCAUCCAUUGUUGGUGUCGGGCUACCUUGUUAUUCAUGUUUGCAAACUCUUCUUAACUCUAUAAAAGGAGGAUCUGCUGGUUUAUUGCUCCUUGAUAAUAUUGAAGUCACGCAUCUGAACAGACCCCAGGACAGAUUGUUGGAUUGGUUCUUCCAACCUGUUAUGGACUUAAAGGAACAGAUAAGGGUCAUAAGAUUGGGAGAUGGUGAGGCAAGGUUCUUGGAAAAAAUUGUUCUUUUCGGAAGCAACACUCAACGUAUGGAGGCUUGGGAAAAUGGCAGUUUGGUCCCUCAAGAUGCUCUUAGAGCAGCUCAAAUCCAGGGUAUUAGCAGAAGGAUGACAGGAAUGAUAAGAAGCAUGUCAAAGCUUCCCACUUACAGAAGGCGAUUUCAACAGAUUGUUAAGGCAUUAGUUAUAUAUUCUAUAGAAAAGGAGGGCAUGAACAGAUCCGUUUCUGGGCGAUCAGUUUCCCCUGUUGAACUUGUAUAACAAAAACAAUCAAUUUGAUGCUCUCUCUUUUUCUUCCUUUUGCUUUCUCUGUGCAUUUGUAAAUUUUUGUAGCUGUGAAAUCCUUAGGCUAUGAUGUAAUUGCUGUUAGUAUACGGAGUCUUUCUUGACUCAAGGCUUUGUGCCUGGAAAGCAAUUCAAUGUUAAAGCGAGCAAAUUGUCAGAAAUCGGAGACAAUCAAUCCCUUUG